ACGACUCUAGCUAGCUGCUAGCUAGAAACUGAAAGCUCAGAGAAAAAAAAAAUGGAGCUCUCUCUUCAUUUCAGACUCGUUUCUUCCUUAGUUCUUUUGGGACUGGUUGGCUUCUUUCUUCAUCUCUACAACACAGUCUGGUUGAAGUCCGUGAGGCUCCGAAGGAAGCUCCAAAUGCAAGGCAUCAAAGGCCCUACACCUUCUUUACUAUAUGGGAAUCUCGCUGAGAUGCAGAAAAUCCAACUCCAAGCUCAGAAGUCUCCAAAUCACUCUGAAUUUGUAGCCCACGACUACACUUCCAGCCUCUUCCCGUAUUUCGAACGCUGGCGAAAAGAAUACGGUUUAAUUUACACGUAUUCAACAGGAUUGAGGCAACAUUUAUAUGUGAACCAACCAGAGCUAGUGAAGGAAAUGAACCAGUGUAAUAGUUUGGAUUUAGGUAAGCCUUCCUAUGUAAGCAAGAGACUUGCUCCCAUGCUUGGAAAUGGAAUUCUUAGAUCCAAUGGCAUAUUUUGGUUACAACAAAGAAAAAUUGUCGCACCUGAGUUUUUCAGAGACAAAGUCAAGGCGAUGGUAGGGUUGAUGUUGGAGUCGGCGCAACCAUUGCUUAGAAAAUGGGAGGAGUGUAUUGAAGGACAAGGAGGUAUGAGAGCAGAGAUUCAAGUAGAUGAGCAUUUAAGGGGUUUCUCAGCUGAUGUUAUCGCAAGGGCUUGUUUUGGGAGUUCUUAUUCUAAGGGCAAAGAGAUUUUCUCAAAGCUUAGAAGUCUUCAGGAAAUAAUGUCUCAUCAACCCUUCCUCUUUGGAUCAUUUUCUAAUUUAGGAGGGUUGAAAAAGCAAAAGGAGAUAAGUUGUUUAGAGAGAGAGAUAGAGUCAUUGAUAUGGGAAACUGUGAAAGAACGAGAACGAGAAGGGUUAGAGACUUCUUCGUCAGAAAAGGAUCUAUUGCAGUUAAUAUUAGUGGGAGCCAUGAGUGACCAAAGCCUAGGCAAAGGCAAGGAUUCAUCCAAGCGAUUCAAAGUUGACAACUGCAAGAACAUUUACUUUGCAGGGCAUGAAUCCACUGGUGUUGCUGCCUCUUGGUGUUUGAUGCUACUCGCUUUACAUCCCGAGUGGCAAUCUCGAAUCAGGACCGAGUUGGCAGAAGUUUGCCCCGAUGGUCAGCUAGAUGCUAAUUCACUCCCUCAAUUGAAAACGAUAAAUAUGGUGAUUCAAGAAGUCAUGCGUCUAUACCCACCAGCUGCUUUUGUAUCAAGAGAAGCACUUGAAGACACCCAGGUGGGAAACAUAAGCAUUCCGAAAGGGGUAUACUUGUGGACUUUGAUCCCAACAUUGCACAGAGACACAGACAUUUGGGGACAAGAUGCAAAUGAAUUCAAACCUGAGAGGUUCAUUGAUGGUGUCUCAAAGGCUUGCAAGUUUCCUCAAGCCUAUAUCCCCUUUGGUUUGGGUCCUCGAACCUGUUUAGGCAAAAACUUUGCUAUGGUACAAUUGAAGGUUGUCCUCUCCCUCAUUAUCUCCAAGUUCACUUUCUCUCUAUCACCCAAAUACAGACACUCCCCUGCUUUCAAAAUGAUUGUAGAGCCUGGAAACGGUGUACAUAUUCUCAUUCAAAAAUCUCAUCUGUAGGGUUGACAUGAAAAGUUAAUUAGGCCAAUUUAUUCAUAUAGCUAAUCUCUACACGGGCCAUUAGUCAAGUUAUAAAAGGUUAUAUAUAUUUGCUAAAUUUGAAAUGUAAAAUUGGAGCUAGUAGUGGAUCAUAUUGUAUGCAGUCUUCUUUUAUUAAUGUAGUUGUUUGUUAUCUUUUCAUUCAUAUAUAGUGAUGGGUUACUAUUUGAUUAUCGACCCAACCUCAUAGGGUCGAUAAUUGAAUGAAAAUCAGUUCUGAAGCACAUCAAUUUG